CUCCCUCUCUCCUCCGCCGUCGAUGUCCUUCCCCCUCCCUGUGCUCGCGCCUGUGUGUUUGGCGAGCAGCGAGCGCCUCAGCCGGGGUCGCGCGCGGGGCUCCGCUGCAAGCCUCGCCUCGCCGCAACUUCGCCGAAACUUCACUCGUUCCACAUCACCCAACACGCACACACACAUACACGGACAUACACACACGCACACGCACUCAUAUGUACUCACACGCACACUCAUACGUACUCACAUACUCGGGCUCACUUGCUCACACACGCACACAUACGCACACGCACGCACACACGCUCACACACGCGCACACACAUGCUCUUACACGCGCACACAUGCACACUGUUCUUGCCACAGACUCCGUGUUGGUAUCGCUUCCCACACCGUUGUCGUGGUACCGCAGCGCAUACCUACCGGACUUACGCAUGCACGAUUGCACGGCUGCAGCGGCUGGGUGGGGUGGAAGGGUGUGCAAUGAUGGGGGGGGAGGGGGGCCGCGCUACGCCCAGGCAUGUCACUAGGACGCCCUUUAAACACACGCCUUCGCGGCAUCGACCGUCACUUACGCCCACACGUCACACGGGACGACGUCAGCGCUGCCGCCCACGCUCGCCCACCCACACCUGAACGCUGGCGGGAGGGAGAGGGAGAGAAAGAAAGAGUGAAUACAGGCCGCUCGCUACGUGAAGUGCGUGAUGAGCGAGGAGGAGUUCUUGCUGAAGUGGAACAACCACCAGACCAACUUUGUCGACGUGUUCAAUGAGCUCCUCCGCGAUGAAUCUUUCGUGGACGUGACCCUGGUGUGCGGGGGGGAGGCAGUCCCAGGACACAAAAUGGUCCUGGCGGCUUGCUCCCCCCUGCUACACCGCAUCCUCCGUGACAACCCCUGCAAGCAUCCGCUGGUCAUCCUCAGCGAUGUGCCAGCCAGGGACAUGCGGGCCAUGAUGAAGUUCAUCUACCAAGGGGAGGUGAGCGUCUCCCAGACAGAGUUGGCCAGCUUCCUCAAAACGGCAGAUAACCUCCAGAUCAAGGGGCUGGCGGAGGACAAGGAGAAGGAGAAGGAGGAGAGGAAGAGAAAAGACAAGGACGGUGACAAGACCGAAGGCAGAGUCAGCAAUAAAAGACAGAGGACGGCGGAACCCCGUACCACGGAGAACUCCUCUCCCCUUCCCUCACGCUCACACAAAGCACUCAAUGAUUCUCACUCUUCUAGUCAUAAGAGCAGGAGCAAAGCCUCGGCCGAAGAACACACACCCAGGGUUGGGGGGGGAGGGCUACACAUGCCUGCCUCUAAACACAACUCAUCAAAGAACUCCAGCUCAAAAUCACCUCGUGACAUUCCCUCUAGAGUUUCCAAUUCCUCCGAGGAGAACAGCCUCCAGCACGCCGUCAACAAUAACAGCGUCACCGAGGAUGUUUUACCCAAGGAGGAGAUGACUGUAAAGACAGAACCUCUGGACUACCCAGGAGAGAUGGUGUGGACCGAAGGUCAUGGCACCAUAAAAAGUGAUAUUUUAGAAGACCCUCAAUCAUUAAUGCCUUUAGCUGCAAUACCCGGUGCACUAGAGGGUGUUGCAGCUGCCCUCGCUGCCUCCCCCAAUCUCCCCGUCAUGGAGUCAGGUGAAGACAGCCGGGGCGAUAUGUCUACUGCCUCAGAUGAACUCAAUUCUAAUGCUGUAGGGGGUACCUGGGUGCAAGGUAGUCUAGCCCAAGGUACUGUUCGAGACAGUGGGACAGUGCCCCCACCAAGUCUGGUGCCUGCAGCAGCUCCACUGCCACCACCAGUGACUCCAGCUGCCUUCACUCAGCAGCAACUGGAAGAGCCCCAGCAACUGCAGCCAACCCUGCCAAGCCAUGCAAGUCCUUUCAGAACCAGUACCAUUACUCUGCCUCUCAGUCUGCCAAGCACCACCACAGUCUCAGCAGCACAUCUGGAGAGGCUUCCAGAUGUACCAUCUUCCUCAGCUCCACCACAGUACUUCACAACAACAAUCACAACAAAUAAUAACAACAGUGCCCACAAAUGCAGGCAGUGCUCAUUUGUUACCUCAAACCCAUACACAUUCACCCGACACUUGCGCAUCCACUUGGGCACCAAAGAAUUCCGCUGUCGGGUCUGUGCCUUUGCUUCCUCAAGAAAAGAUUCCCUCAUUCGUCACUUCCGCAUGAAGCACUUGACAGGGGAGAUGUCUGUGUACCAUGACCUGGACUCCAGGGACAUUGAGGAAUUGGCCUUAGUCAGAGGAGUACCUGACAGUCUACGAUUGAGACCUAAUCAGUUUUAAAAAGUCCUCAGAUGACUGCUGUGCUGAUAAUACUGUACUGAGAGCUUCUUAGGCUCUGUGCAUCAUUUAUUAUUUUUUCUUUUUGAAAUUUCUGAUGAUUUUACCUUACUCAGGAAUAUUAUGGUGAAUCAAAAGCAACCAAAGGAACAGCACAUAUUAUGAACCAAAGGAUUAGAAAUUAUGUUUUUCUGUUUUUUAAGGGAUCAUUAAUGCAUUCCCCAAAGACGACACUGAAACCCAGAUAAGGCUGAAAUAUUUGUUGUUUAGAUUAUUGUCCACUAGAGUAAGAGAAGUCCGUUUUAAGGUUUAUCACCACCUGAAAAUUUAAUUCUUCUCUUUUGAGUCCUAGAUCACUAAUUAAGUUAUAUGAUUAUUUAUACACAGAAAAGUUCCUAGUAAGCACUAUGUUCUCAACGACUAUUCACGACAUCACUGUUUCUUGAAGUCUUGGUAGUUUUCUUUUAUAUUGUAUUUUUCUGAUGUUGAAAGCUUUGUAUGAAUAAGAAUUUAUUUUUUAUAAAAACGAGUGCAUGAAUUACACUUUGAAAACAUGCAUAAUAUCACGUAUUUGUUGAUUACCCCAUUUUGUAUAUAUAUAUAUUUAUAAAUAAAGAAUAGAAGCAAAUAAUAAUUUACUGUUCUUUUAUUUUUGAUAUGAACAAAAUUGUAGAUUAAAUGAUUUAAGAGAUACUAAAAUGUUUACACAAGGAUAUACUCUAGAAUUCAAUAAGCACUGAAGGCUAAGAUUUUUGGAAAUAGCGAUCAUAGAUAUUUCAAUAGCCUUAAGAAAUUGUCUGCUUUUGGCCAUAAGAAUUAGUGCAAAUUUCAUUCUUCAAAAGAAGUGAUAUGGAAGUGCUAUUUUGUCAGAGGUAAAAUUAUUAACAUAGUGUUGAACCUCAUAUUAUGAAUUCAUCUUUUUAUAUCAAGUUAUUGUAUAUUUCGUAUUCAAUCCAUUGAAAAUAAACAGUGAAGCUUAGUAAA